UCUCCGAGCAGCUAGCAUCACUGCGCAGAGGGAGGAGAUCCUCAGAGCAUCAGGCCUCAUCCCUGCACAUAGAGAGGGGAUCCUCCGAGCAUCAGGCCUCAUCCCUUCAAAGAGGGAGGGGAUUCUUCCAGCAGCUUCUAUCACUGCGCAGAAGAAUAAGAUCCUCAGAGCAUCACAACUCACCCCUGCACAAAGGAAGUUGAUCCUCCUGAUGACCAGUGUCACUGCGCAGAGAAAGGGAAUCUUCCCAAAGGCCAGCGUCCCUGCGCACAGGGAGUGGAUCGUCCCAAAGGCUGGUGUCCCUGCAGAGAGGGAGGAGAUUCUCCUCACAGCCAGUGUCCCUGUGAAGAAUGAAAACAAUCAUCCACAACCACCUCCCAUCAUCCCCAUGGUGGCACCACUGUGGAAAUGGGAUGGUGGAGCGUGUACUCCACCUGUGGAUUUCUAUUCCAAGAGAAGAGAUGUCCGACUUAGAUAUGUUGAGCAUCCUGCUAUGAUGUCCAUCACCAAGCCGGAACAUUCCGAUGCCAAACCUCAGUUCCAGACUGGCACCCGGCCGGUGGCUGAGCCCGAGACCCCUGCUGUUCACAAUAACAGUGGAGGCUGGCUCAGCUGGGUCUUUGGGAGUGGAAGAGCUAAUAAGAAGGAGGUUCAUCUACCUGAGGACAAAGACAGAUCUAUUGUCUGGGAUCCAACUCUGCACAGAUGGGUUAACAAAACUGAGCCCAAGGCUGAGAACAAGUGUGUACCACCCCCUCCACCGAUGGGGACAUAUGGAUAUCAGGGGAACACUGGCAGUGUCCCCAAAGGAGUGAAUCCUUACUCUAUGAAAGCAGCAGGUCUAUGGGGCAGCAGAUACCCUACAAUGCAUUUGAAUGAUGGGACCAACUCAAAGCCUCCAAGCCAUGGGCCUGGACAGCUUACUAGACAGCUCUCUGGCUUGCUCCCUCCUUCACACUUUGACCUCAUGGCACCAAUGGUUGUGCCACCUGACAUUCUACCCUACUGAGGCCAAUUAACCAGAGUGGAUUUGCUAAACAUAGAUUUUUUCAGUGUUAAAAAACUUCAGCA